AUCCAUUUGUGCCAGGCUGGGGAGAAAGGUAUUGUAAUUAUGUAAAUUAUGUGAAAAAUAAUGUGUUUUUGCAUGAGAGCAUGUUCUAGUACACCCCCAAAACAAAAUCAAGACUUUGUAAUAGAGCAUAAUAUGACCCCUUUAAUUUUUUAAAGGUUUUUAUUUGGUAAAUCAUAUCUAAUUGUAAGUCUACAAUAUGUUUAAAUGUCCUUGUUUUUUCAUCUCAACAGCCAGUUCUCUGACUUCUGUAACUGGACAUUACAGUAUCAGACUGGUGAAUGGUAAUAAUGACUGCUCUGGAAGAGUUGAGAUCCUUUAUAAUGGCCAGUGGGGGACAGUGUGUGAUGACGACUGGGACAUGAAUGAUGCUGCUGUGGUGUGCAGACAGUUGAGAUGUGGAAGAGCUGUGAGUGCAUAUAGCAGUGCUCAUUUUGGUCAGGGAAGUGGUCAGAUCUGGUUGGAUGAUGUGAGAUGUUCAGGAAGUGAAUCAUCACUCACACAGUGCUCACAUCCUUCAUUUGGAAAACAUAACUGUGGUCAUCAUGAAGAUGCAGGUGUCGUCUGCUUUGGCCAACUACCAGACAUAAAGUUGGUCAAUGGUUCUGACUCAUGCUCUGGAAGAGUUGAGAUCCUUUAUAAUGGCCAGUGGGGGACAGUGUGUGAUGACGACUGGGACAUGAAUGAUGCUGCUGUGGUGUGCAGACAGUUGGGAUGUGGAAGAGCUGUGAGUGCAAAUGGCAGUGCUCAUUUUGGCCAGGGAAGUGGUCAAAUCUGGUUGGAUGAUGUGGGAUGUUCAGGAAAUGAAUCAUCACUCACACAGUGCUCACAUCCUUCAUUUGGAACACAUAACUGUAGUCAUUCUGAAGAUGCAGGUGUCGUCUGCUUUGGCCAACUACAAGACAUAAAGUUGGUCAAUGGUUCUGAUUCAUGCUGUGGAAGAGUUGAGAUCCUUUAUAAUGGCCAGUGGGGAACCGUGUGUGAUGAUAACUGGGACAUGAAUGAUGCUGCUGUGGUGUGCAGACAGUUGGGAUGUGGAAAAGCUGUGAGUGCACAUGGCAGUGCUUAUUUUGGCCAGGGAAGUGGUCAGAUCUGGUUGGAUGAUGUGGGAUGUUCAGGAAGUGAAGGAAUUCUUACACAAUGUUCACACCGUGGAUUAGGAAAACAUGACUGUAAUCAUGGCGAAGAUGCUGGUGUUGUUUGUUCAGGUGAGCUGCAGAUGCCGACCCUUUCCCUGACCUCCGCACAUGCAGUUGUUUCUCAUGGAGAAAAUAUCCAGUUCAGAUGCACAACACCUAAACCAAGAUGUAAUGUUAAUGCUGAAUUCCAGCUCUUCAGAAAUGGUUUAUCUGUAUCCUCCCAGACACAUGUAUCUAGUGUGACUUUCAACCAUAAUGUAGACAUUUCACAUCAAGGCAGCUACAGCUGUCAAUACUCCUACCAAAACAACAUCAAGUCACCUUUGAGUAACACUGUUAUUAUCACUGUGGUGAACUUGCAGCAGCCCAACAUUUCCCACAGUGCUCCUGAUGGACAGUUUGUCGUGGGGUCUCAGGGGCCAGUGAUCACCAGGGGCCACAGUUUCACUAUCAUCUGUUCCACUGAAUCUCAGUAUCCUGGAGGCUCUUUUCACCUGUUCAGAGGCUCAAACAUCACCAGGAGUGAGUCAGCUGUCAGUCACUCCUCCUCCUUCUUCUUUCCUGAGGCAGAUUUUUCACAUGAGGGAAACUACAGUUGUGUUUAUGAAGUCAGUGUCUCCUCACGCUCCUUCCGUUCAUCUGCCUCUGAACUGCUGCUCAUCACUAUCACAGUGAACCUGGAGCAGCCCAGCAUUUCCCACAGUGCUCCUGAUGGACAGUUUGUCGUGGGAUCUCAGGGGCCAGUGAUCACCAGGGGCCACAGUUUCACUAUCAUCUGUUCCACUGAAUCUCAGUAUCCUGGAGGCUCUUUUCACCUGUUCAGAGGGUCAAACAUCACCAGGAGUGAGUCAGCUGUCAGUCACUCUGCCUCCUUCUCCUUUCCUGAGGCAGAUUAUUCACAUGAGGGAAACUACAGUUGUGUUUAUGAAGUCAGUUUCUCCUCACACUCCUUCCGUUCAUCUGCCUCUGAACUGCUGCUCAUCACUAUCACAGCCUCGCAGCUUCCUGUAAUCGGUUCUGCAUUGUCAGUGUCAGCUGGGCUGCUCUUGUUAUCUGUCCUCAUAAUCAUCCUCCUGCUGAAGAGAAGACAAAAACAAAGAAACAAGGAAACUGUCUUAAGGUGCUCCUUUAGAAACGGUGCGGCUAAUACAUAUGCCGGUGCAUCCUAUGACAAGAAAAACGAAGAGGAUGAUGACGCUGAUUAUGAAAAUGUACAAAUUUAUGCUAAAAACAUGGAUUGUGAUGACUCUGAAGAGGACUAUGUCAAUGCGGACAGGGAUGACUCUGAAGAGGAUUAUAUCAGUGCAGACUUUACUGAGAAUAAAAGUGUGGUAGAAAAAUCUAAUGAGAACAUUUAUGAAUGCUGUUGUGAUGAAUACUAAGGAAAAUACUACACUUAAUGAGGCUCCAAAGAGAAAUAUGGCAGCCUUAAUAUUAAUAAAGAAAAUCCAGUUGAUAUAUGUAAUAGAUAAGUGACUGAUAUGUAAUCAGAGACAAUAACAACAAAAUAAUUGUUUGCCCUCACUGUCUUUUUAAUAAUGAUUGCUUUGAGAUAACAAAGAGAUAUAGUAUUGUGUGUAUUAUACGACACAUAUAUAUAUAUAAGUCAAAUGCAACAGUAUCUUGUAUAAUAUAGUCAGUAGUAGUCGAAUCAAGUGGUCUUCCUGUAUAAUUUGUGUGCUACAUACUACAAAAUAAAGUCAAUAAAGUUGCAA